CCUUCUGCUCCUCUUCAACAAAUUUGCUUUAGAAAAACUCUCCAAUGUUCUUUAGCAUUAGACUUAUUUUUAAUUCUGGAGUCACAUGUUUUAUACUUUGCUAAAAGAAUUUGAGACACUAGAGAGGGUGUGAACAUUAAUUUAUGGUUCCUAAAAUCUAUAGGUAGACAGAUGAUUACUUUCUCUGUUUCAUCUGAGACCUGAAUUUUUGGUGAGUCAAAGUCUGCAUAUCAAUGGAAACACACAUCCAGUGCCAACGGGUAAAAUAACCUGGGCUUCCUGUUUUCAUGGGUAGGGGAACUGGGGAUAAACUGGGAUCCUGCCUGUCUAAUUUGACUCUGUCUUUUCAUCUCCACAGAUUUCUCAGAGGAAAAUGGGUUUAAGAAAUCAAUCCACAGUGACGGAGUUUCUUCUUUCAGGAUUAACUGACCAACCAGAGCUUCAGCUGCCUCUCUUCUGCCUCUUCUGGGGGAUUUAUGUAGUCACCGUGGUGGGAAACCUGGGUAUGAUCUCAAUAAUUGGGCUGAGUUCUCAACUCCACACGCCCAUGUACUAUCUCCUCAGUAGUUUGUCUUUUUUAGAUUUCUGCUACUCCUCUGUCAUUAGCCCCAAAAUGCUGGCAGGGUUUUUAUGCAGAGAUCAAGUUAUCUCCUACUCUGGAUGCAUGACUCAGCUGUUCUUUUUCUGUAUUUGUGUCAUUUCUGAGUGCUACAUGCUGGCAGCAAUGGCCUAUGAUCGCUAUGUCGCCAUCUGCAGCCCCCUGCUCUACAAUGUUAUCAUGUCCCCCAAGGUGUGUUCCCUGCUGGUGGCUGCUGUCUUCUUGGUAGGUUUUACUGUUGCUCUGAUUCAUGGAGGCUGUAUAUUAAGGUUGACUUUCUGUGAAUCAAACAUCAUUCAGCAUUAUUUCUGUGACAUCAUUCCUCUUACUAAACUCUCCUGUUCCAGCACUUACAUCGAUGAGCUUUUGAUUUUUGUCAUUGGAGGAUUUAACAUGGUGGCCACCAGCUUGAUAAUCAUCAUUUCAUACGCUUUUAUCCUUGCCAGCAUUCUCCGCAUCCACUCUAAAGAGGGCCGGUCCAAAGCCUUCAGCACCUGCAGCUCCCACUUGACAGCUGUCCUCAUAUUUUAUGGGUCUCUCAUGUCCAUGUAUCUCAAACCUGCUUCCAGCAGUUCACUCGCCCAGGAGAAAGUGUCCUCAGUGUUUUACACCAACGUGAUUCCCAUGUUGAAUCCCCUGAUUUACAGUCUGAGGAACAAGGAAGUGAAAAAUGCACUGAUGAAACUCUUAAGAAGAAAACUAUCUUCAUAAUGAAUUUUUUUAAGAUUUAUUUUAUGUAUUCAUAAUCAUGUGUGUAUGUUUAUGUUUAUGCCCUGAGUCUUAAAG